UGAAGUGUGGCAUCCAAGUGCGCUUCACUUUUAUUAAUUCAGUACGGAGUUUCACCUUUUACAGUAAAAUAAGAAAAAUGAAAUUUGUUACAUUAUCGCCAACUAAAGAUUUAAUGCCAACUUUGGGUCUAGGAACUUGGCAGGCUCCGCCAGAUGUUAUAGAAACUGUAGUAUAUAAGGCGUUGGAUCUCGGGUACAGACAUAUUGAUACAGCAUUUAAUUAUAACAAUGAGGAAGCAAUAGGAAAUGCUAUCAAAAAGUGGAUUAAUGAUGGUAAAGGUACAAGAAAAGAUUUAUUUAUUACAACCAAGUUGCCGCACGUUGGUAACCGCGCGUCCGACGUAAAGAAGUUCCUAGAUUUGCAGCUUCAGCGUCUCCAGCUAGACUACGUAGAUUUGUACCUGAUCCACGUGGCGUUCGGCUUCCAUUACGACCCCGACAAGCUGACGCCGCUCGUCAAGCCCAACGGAGAGUACGAGCUAGAUAUGGAAACCAAUCAUGUCGAAACGUGGAAAAAAAUGGAAGAAUGUAAAGAGGAAGGCCGUAUUCGCAACUUAGGACUAUCAAACUUCAACGAGGCUCAGAUAUCGAAAAUCAUCAAGGAGGCCACCAUAAAGCCACAGGUUCUGCAGGUGGAGUUGCACGCGUAUUUCCAACAGAUGGAGCUGCGAAAAUUCUGUGCCGACCACGAUAUCAUAGUGACUGCGUAUGCGCCGCUUGGUAGUCCCGGCGCGAAGGACCAUUUUGUUAGCAAGUAUAAUUAUAGUCCUGAUACUUUUCCUGACUUAUUGGGGCUGCCAGAAGUAAAACAGAUAGCUGAGAAUCAUUCGAAGACGCCUGCUCAAGUAUUGCUAAAUUUCUUGGUGAAACAACAAAUCGUAGUUAUACCGAAGAGUACAAGCGAGCAUAGACUGAAGGAAAAUAUGGAUAUAUACGACUUCGAAUUGCUACCAGCGGAAAUGAAUGUGUUGAAAAAGUUAGACAAAGGCGAGAGUGGGCGCAUCUUCAAUUUCCUGUUUUGGAAAGGCGUAGAAAAGCAUCCCGAAUACCCAUUUAAAUUGCCUGCUUUAGAGGCGGCUCAAGUUUAAUAAGCGUGUUGAUAUAUUAUAAACAUUCUAGUCUAUCACUACCUCCAAUUAAUUGUUAACUAGAUUUAAAAUAUGCUAUGACAGAGUCAUAUCGUAACAGCAGUAGGUAUAUGCAAUAUACGCUUGCUGUAUAGCUUUACGAAAGGACUGAUGAAGAAUGUUAAUUUAUUGUGCUUUGAGCAUAAAUUAUGUUAAAGUUAAUGGUUUU